AAUAAAUGGUGAAGGAAGGAAGGGGGUGGGCGUGACUGUAUUUAAGAAGGGGAUGAUACUAAAGAAACGGCGAUUUCUUUCUUCGUAGCCUUUUUGACUCUUCUUCUUCUUUUUCUCUAAUUCCUUAUUUACUCUCUCUCUCUCUCAAAUUCUAUCUUCACCGAGUAAAACAAACAAACUAAAGCAGAGAUGAAAAGCCGAGAGAGAAAAGUUAAGUACGCGGUUCACCGGAAAAUCACUUCUUUACCGUUCAACGGUUUCCCAAAAACUGUGAAAAUCAUAGUCACUGAUCCAUGUGCUACUGAUUCCUCCAGCGACGACGAAGAAUACGACAACAAAUCUCUUCCUCCGAGAGUCAAACGUUUCGUUGAAGAGAUCAGGUUCUGUAACGACGACGACGACGACGGAGGAGCUAAACCGGAGAGGAAGGUGAAAAGCAAGUCAGAGACGGCGGCGAACGUUGGUGAUUUGGUAGUGAAGCCCACUGUGGUGAAGUACAGAGGAGUUAGACAACGACCUUGGGGGAAAUACGCGGCGGAGAUUCGUGAUCCUUCGACACGUACUCGUCUCUGGCUUGGUACUUUUGCCACGGCGGAGGAAGCUGCUAUCGGUUACGACAAAGCAGCGAUUCGACUCAAAGGACAUAACGCUCAGACUAAUUUCCUCACUCCUCCUCCUCCUCCUCCUACUCCGGUGAUUGAUCUUGAAACGGUCUCUGGUUGCGAUUCGGCGAGGGAAUCACAGAUCAGUAGUAGUCUAUGUUCUCCGACUUCUGUUCUCCGGUUUGGUCACAACGAAGAAACAGAGUACAGAACAGAACCGAUGAAGCAGGAAGAAGCUUUAUCAUCGGAUCCGUUUUUCUUGCCUGAUUUGUUUCGCUCCGGAGACUGUUUCUGGGAUUCCAAAUUUACCCCUGAUCCUCUGUUUCUUCUAGACGAAACCCAUGACAACAACAACAACACAUUGUCUGAGAGUUUUCCGUUAGGUGUGAUCGGAGAUUUCAGCUCGUGGGAUGUUGAUGAGUUUUUCCAAGAUCAUUUAUUGGAUAACUAAGUUUUGAGUUCUUCCUCUUAAAAUUUUCUGGGUUGUUUUUUUUUUUUUUUUGUGAGUGAGUGAUGGUGGUGGAUGAGUGGUUUGAUGAUAGCGACGGGGAUGCAUCUUAGCCGUCCGUUUUCCCCUUUCGUGGACGGUUAAAAUCAACGGAGGAAUAUUUUUAUUUUUCCUAUUUCUUUUAUGUAAUUUUGCGAGUAUAUAUAUAUAUAGUACUAGUAGUAAUUAAUUAGAGUGAGGGUUAAGAAGAUUUGUGAGAGUAAUUAAUUAUUAAUUAUUUUAUUAUUAGGGGGGUUUGAAUAUUUGGGAGGAUUUUGUUGUUUGGUUUUUCCUCUCAAGAGUCUGUGUCUGUCACUAUGCAAGGAAGCAGUAUAUAUAAGAUCGUAUAUUUAUUAGUAAUUGUUAUGUGAAAUCUUUGUUUUUUGUUUC